UAUUGCCGAAGAUUUUGUCAGAUAGUUUCAGAUUUUUCCUCAACGAGGAUCUAGUUGUUUGUUAGUUGAAUUAAACAAGUCGUCCAAAGCCGGGGAGCAAUGACGUCCCGUUGGAGUCUUGUGAUAAUCCAAGCCAUAAUACUCCACAUAGCACUGGUGUUAUCGAAGGCUGUUGUGGAUCAAACAGCGGAAGCAUCGCAAGCCAGCAGUGUAUCUGUAGCUCAACAGAGAAUCGGUUUUGAUCAUUCAGCUCCCUACGAUGAUCAUCACCAUCAUCAUGAACAUCAUCACGAAGAGCACGAUCCAGGAUUCUGGAAGAAAAAAUUGAUAUGGAAAGAAGGAUGGAAAAAAAUCUGGAAGCCAGGUAAGAAACAAAUAUGGAAACCUGCGUGGAAGCAAAUUUGGAAGCCACACUGGGUCGAAACGAAAAAAGCAGUUUGGAAGGACAUUCAAGUUCCCGCAUGGAAACAAAUCUGGAAGCCAGUUUGGAGAGAAAUUCAAGUUCCAGCUUGGAAAGAGAUUCAAGUUCCCGCUUGGAAGCAAAUCUGGAAGCCAGUCUGGAAGGAAAUAAAGGUUCCCGCGUGGAAGGAAAUCCAAGUUCCUGAUUGGAAAAAGAUCUACGUUCCAGUAUGGAAGGAGAUUCAAGUACCAGCAUGGAAAGAGAUUCAAGUGCCUGCCUGGAAACAAAUUUGGGUGCCUGAAUGGAUUAAAGUUGGCGUUCCCGGCGAAAAGUAUCUGGGCAAAGAUCAUGAAGGCUGGGAAUAUACGAGUCACGAUUUGUGGAAGAAAAAAUUAGUGUGGAAAUCACAUUGGAAGAAGAUAUGGAAGCCAGGCAAGAAACAAAUUUGGGUUCCAAGUAAAAAGCUGGCAUGGAAGGAAGAAUGGAAGCAGACAUGGAGAACGGAGAAAAAGCAAAUUUGGGUUGAUGACAAGAAACUGGAAUGGAAAGAAGCGUGGAAGCAAAUCUGGAAGCCAGGAAAGAAAUUGGUUUAUGUGCCAGACAAGAAAUUGGAAUGGAAGGAAGCAUGGAAGCAGAUUUGGAAGCCAAGCCAGAAAUUGAUCUGGGUACCGGAUAAAAAACUUACUUGGAAGGAAGCAUGGAAACAAAUCUGGGUACCCGACUGGAAAGAAAUUUGGUUGCCAGCGUGGAAAAAGAUUUGGAAGCCAGUUUGGAUAUCCGAAUGGUUCCCAACCCCCGACCAUCAUGAUCAUCAUCAUCAUCAUGAAGAGCACGGCUGGGCCGAUAGAAAAGAUAACGAUGCAGCUGGAAGCAACAAUAAAUUUGUGUUCAAAAGAAGUGAACAGAAUACAGCACAACCACAGUCGAAUGUACAGUCUAAUACCAAAUCCCUAGUCCAGUCACCAGUUUAUUUCCCGACGCCGUCACCUCAGGACACAACAGCACGCAGCGUUGUGAACAAAACGUGACCAGGUUUGGACGAGUAAUUUAAUGCGUUUGAUUUUAAGUAAAUUAAAUUAAUUUCGUUUCGGUUUUCGUUAAAAUAAAAAAUCACAUUUUUUGUUCAAAUUGAGGCAUAUGAAGAGGUCGUGAGUAGAUUGCUCUAUUCGAAUUCGACAGUAU